CUUCGACAAGACAAUUUUACGAGAUAUAUUCACUAUCAACUUUGUUACUGCGAAAGGUUUGAGAAACCUCUGCGCUAUUCGAUUGAACCCACAGCAAGGGCCGACUACAACAUGGCUAAUCUUAUCACUUUACUUGCCACGGACAGAUUCCCGGUCAUCUUUGACGCUCUCACUGCGUGCCUUUCUAUCAGGGAUAUUGUGGCGCUCACUCGCACCUGCCAUGCGCUGAACCCGCUGUACCAAAAGUUGGUGAAGCAGAAUGCCUGGGAUAUCGACAGGCGAUUGAAGAAAUUCGUCAAGGACCCUCGUGGAUUCAGAAAGAGGUUGGCGGAGCUUGAUGGUAUCAUCUCUGGUGGCUUUGCUCUGCAGUUUAUGGAUCGUGUGGAGUGGGAGGGCUCGGAUCUCGAUGUUUGUGUGCAGGUUGGCGAGAAGGCUGAUGCGUUUUGUCGCUAUAUGGAGGAGGUCGAGGGCUAUGACUUUGCGUCUCGUAAGGUUGGAAAGUAUGCCUGGACGCAUGUUGAUCUGGUAAGUCGUUGGAACUUGGAGCUAUGAGCGAGGCUAAUGUUGCUCGCACGUAUAGGUCAACCAGUACGACAAGGAAGUCAAUGGCGAGCUUGUCAGGCUGGAGAUUAUACAGUGUCAUGGUCGUCCUGUCCAUUCCACUCUAUCGACCUACACGACCUACCCGCAUUCCAGACUACUUCAACGGCGUUGUACUCGCGCAAAAGUACCAAGACAGAGGUUGGAG